AUGCAGAAGGAGUUGUUUUUGCGCAUUGCUGAUGGUGAAUACUUACUUCCGCAUGAAACAAGAUGCUACAGGCCAGACUCGCUCACGUCGUUGCAGAAAUGCACGAUGGUUCUCCGAAAAUUAGCCACCGGUAUUUCUGUGGAUACUUUUGACGAGUAUCUGAAGAUUGCGGACACUACGGGGCGGCUAUGCCUCAAGAAGUUUUGCAAAGCUUUCAUCAAGGCAUACAAUGCCGAGUAUCUUCGGCCUCCUACACUGUGGAUGCCACACGCUUGCUUCAAAUGCAUGAGCAGCGGCACAAAUUUCCUGGGAUGCUCGGGAGCUUGGAUUGCAUGCAUUGGGCUUGAAAGAAUUUCCCAAAGGUGUAGCAUGGUGCAUUUACAAGAGUCACCUCUGUUUGCCGACGCCUUGGAAGGAACAACAUCACCGGUGAUAUUUCAAGUAAACCAGCGCUAUUAUCACAUGGGAUACUACUUGUGCGGUGGCAUCUAUCCUAAGUGGCCAACAUUUGUCAAGAGCCCACUAAUGGCGAGCAACGCAAAAGAGGCGAGGUUCAAGAAGAUGCAAGAGGCCCAACCUUAG